AUGGCUUUAUUUUUACGAAAAUGUUUGAAUUUGUCAACGGGAGGAAAACAGUUCGGGGCGUGUUUCUACCGACGACUGAGCAUGACACCAUUAUCAACGAGCAUCUCUCCACCGAUUGGAUAUACACCUGCUAAUAUUCGGAUACCAUUACCUCGUCAAUUGCCGUCGUCUCAAACUACACCGAUGCCAGCAAGACUUCCUUCUUCGAUUAUUUCAUCAAAUACAGUGUCAAUCGUCGAUAAAUGUUCGUUGUACGAUGAUUUACUUUACUAUGAUUGUCCGUCGACAAGAAUCGACAAAGUUCAAUGUGCUUGGACAUCGACAAACUAUCGUUAUAAGCGUCAACGACGUGUACGUAAUCAUCCCAGUCGUUUGUCGAAUACAGUUCGAUAUCGUGCACGUCGAAUGCGUUUACAUCAUCGCAAGAAAUGGUUGAAAAAAUUCAAAUACGAUCUUUUGAAAAAACUUCGCGAAAAGAUCAAACGUCGUGGGAAAUUGUUCGAAAUGGAAAACGCAAUUAUUCUCGGCAAAGCGGAUCAGUUCAAUGCUGAACAUUAUGUCAAACGUGAGCUGGAGAAAGCGAAGUUCUACGGUUAUCAUGUGUCGCCGAUAUAUGAGCAAAUCCGUGAUGAUAUCAACCGACUGAAAAUUGAAUAG